UUUUGCUAGAGCGACUGCGAGCGACCACCGCUGCUGGGAAACAUUUAGUGUCACACCGUAAUGUCCUAUUUGAUGUGUAAAAUAAAAUAUUAUAUAUGUGUACAUUCUAUUCGCUUAUAGUCCAGUACUUUCAGAAUAGCUUUUUCAACAAGAAAAUUGCAUAACGCCUUUUUGAAAACGAGUAGUUACAACAUCAUUUAAAUUGGUGGAAAAACAUAUGCCAUUUUCUGCAAUGACCUACACAAGUGCAGCAGUGCUGCAGCUCAAGUUGCACUCAGCACUGGAAUAGGGCUGGUCAUUUACCCAUAUUGAACAUGGCUGCCUCAUUGCUAUGAUGAAACACGCCUGUAACUAAUUUUGUUGUCAUAAAAAUUCAUCUAGUGGUGCUGAAAUGAGGUGGUUGGUGUGUCUCUCGGUGCUCUUGCAGUGGCCCUGAACCCUGUGUAGGUAGCACCUCCAGCCCUCCAUCCCUGCUCCUGCCAGGAUGUCCAGCUCUGGGUCCUCAGCCAGCCAGGGGCCCUUCAGCAGUGAGCAGAGCUGCUACCCACCCCACUCCACCCACUACACUUUCACCGCAGGGCGCCACCAUCAGCCAGAGUUUGGGGCCCUGGACUGCCGACCUCAUCUGCAGGAGCUGAGCUCUGCGUCCCAGCUGCUCCAGCUGCAGCGGCGUGGGCCGUCCCUGCUCUCCGCGUUCCACCCCGGGGCCGAGAGGUCCUCCGAGAGGAGACAUGACUACGGACCGCAGUUCCACCCCGUAUCCACCCAGCCCGAGCACCAGGCUUUGGGAUCCAAGCGGCCUCGCGUGGAACCCGUCUCAGAACCGCAUUUCCCACGUGCCUCAGUGCCCGGGCCAGUCCUGCCCCUCCCCCACAGCCUGCACGAUGGCCUGAGGACCACAGGGGGCUUUAAAAAGGAACCCCAGUUGGGGGUGAAGGCUGAGCUGCCCUCCCCCAGCACCCAGCAUCAUGCUGGCGAUGAGCAGGACAGCUCUCCCUCCAAGCUGUCCAAGGAGGAGCUGAUCCAGAGCAUGGAUCGCGUAGACCGCGAGAUCGCCAAGGUGGAGCAGCAGAUCUUUAAGCUGAAGAAGAAGCAGCAACAGUUGGAGGAUGAGGCGGUGAAACCCGCGGAGGCAGAGAGGCCGGUAGCCACGCCCCCUGUGGAACACAAACACCGCAGUGUUGUGCAGAUCAUCUACGACGAGAACAGGAAAAAAGCUGAGCAGGCUCACUGCAUUCUGGAAGGACUCGGGCCGAAGGUUGAACUGCCUCUUUACAAUCAACCAUCUGAUACAAAGGUUUAUCACGACAACAUUAAGAUAAUUCAAAUUUCUUUCAGUAACCAGAUGAUGAGAAAGAAGCUUAUUCUUUUCUUCAAGAGGAGGAAUCAUGCUCGCAAACAGAGGGAGCAGAAGAUCUGCCAGCGCUAUGACCAGCUGAUGGAGGCCUGGGAGGAGCAGGUGGAGCGCAUGGAGAACAACCCCCGGCGCAAGGCCAAGGAGACGCGCACCCGCGAGUACUACGAGCGCCAGUUCCCCGAGAUCCGCAAGCAGCGCGAGCAGCAGGAGCGCUUCCAGAGGGUUGGCCAGCGGGGCACUGGCCUCUCGGCAACCAUCGCCAGGAGCGAGCACGAGAUUUCUGAAAUCAUCGACGGGCUGUCGGAGCAAGAGAACAGCGAGAGGCAGAUGCGGCAGCUGUCCGUCAUCCCUCCCAUGCUGUAUGACUCGGAGCAGCGGAGGGUGCGCUUCAUCAACAUGAACGGGCUGAUGAGCGACCCCAUGAAGGUGUACAAAGCCCGGCAGUUCAUGAAUGUGUGGAGUGAGCACGAGAAGGAGAUCUUCAAGGAGAAGUUUAUACAGCAUCCAAAGAACUUUGGCCUUAUCGCAUCAUAUUUAGAGAGAAAGUGCGUCUCUGACUGUGUUUUGUAUUACUACUUGACAAAGAAGAACGAAAACUACAAGACCUUAGUGAGACGCAACUUUGGCAGACGCAGAGGUCGAAACCAGCAGCAAAUAACACGUCCCACACAAGAAGAGAAGUCAGAGGACAAGAUGGAAGAGGAAAAAGGGGACAGAAAGGAAGAAGAAGAAAAGGAAGAGGAGGAAAAAGAUGAAAAAGAGGAAUCAAAGGACAAAGACAAGGGUGACGGGGAGGACGAAGACGGGAAGGAGCCGUGCGCCACGAGGGGCAGGAAGACUGCGAACAGCCAGGGCCGGCGCAAGGGCCGCAUCACCCGCUCCAUGGCUAAUGAGGCCGCGACCACCGAGGGCCCAUCUCCCCCUCCACCACCACCCACCGAGCCUGCCCUUCAGCCAGAGUCAGCCCUGACUGUGAAGCAGGAGCCCGGUGCUAGGACUGGGCGGGACCGGGCCAAAACCCCCACCCCUCCCAUGGUAGCCAUGGACGCACAGUCACACAAAGGUGUCGCUGAGGCCGGGGAGACUUCUCGCUGGACCGAGGAAGAAAUGGAAGUGGCUAAACAAGGCUUAGCAGAGCACGGGCGCAACUGGACGGCCAUCGCCAAGAUGGUGGGCACCAAGAGCGAGGCGCAGUGCAAGAACUUCUACUUCAACUACAAGAGACGCCACAACCUGGACAACCUGCUGCAGCAGUACAAACAGGAUGCCCGACGGGCGAGCGGGGACGGGGACGUCAAUCAGAGUGAGGGCGGGGCCCCUACUGGUGCGGAGAAUGAGGACUUCAAUGAGGAUGAGAACCCAGGAGACAGUGAAGAGAACAGCUCGGACACAGAGAGUGCCCCCUCUCCGUCCCGGUCCGAGCGGCCCCCUGGAGCGGAGGCCUCAUCGGGGCGGGAGAGCGCCACGGAGGGCCCCAGGGGCCCCGAGCCAGUGCUCAGGGACCAAAGCCGGAGGGAGGAGGCUAACCCCGAAGCACGCCCCCUCCUCCAGGACCCGGGCGCGGCCGGGGCGGGGCCAGCAGACGGGGACACAUCCCAGCCCCACGCCAGGGCGCGAGACAAGGGGGCGGAGGCGGACACAGGGUCCGGCCCCACCCACGCAGGCCAGCAGGGCGACACCCAGUCAGACCACGACUCCAGCGCCACCUGCAGUGCCGAUGAGGAUGUGGACAUGGAGCCGGACAAGCUGAGCGUGUUCUCUGGGGAGAAGCGAUCCUUGCUGAGCCCUGGCUCGGUGCUGGUGUCCUCAGCCAAACAGGGCCACUGGCAGCGUGCUGCCGACAUCCCUCCCAUGGCGUCCCUGCCCUUUGGUGCCGGCGGUGUGCCUCUGGGCACCCCCAUCAUUGGCUACGGCAUGUUCCAGCAGCAGAUCAGAGCCGCGCACGAGUCCGUCCACCAGGGGGAGCCAGAGAGGUGGCCGCCGCACUGCCCCCGAAUGUCCACCAGGAGCCCCACUGUACUGGACGGGGAGGAUCCUAACCAGGCAGUCCCGAACCCCGCCCACACGACCCACACCCCCCUCUCCAGGCACGGUCAGCGCCCCACCAACAUUCCGUCCCCUCCCCCCCUCAUCCCGUCGGCCAAACUACCCGACAAGCCGUCUUUCAUCCAGGGGGGGUCCAUCUCCCAGGGAACUCCUGGCACGUACCUGCCAUCCCACAGCCAAGCUGCGUACGGUCAGGAGGCAGCCAGGACCGCAGCGGGGUCUAUAUCACUGGGGCUGCCAAGACUGCCGGAUCCCGCCACAGUGUCUUACGCCAGGCAGGAGGAGAGCUUGCACACAGAGGGGUUCCUCUCCCUCACCCGUGUCCAGUACGAGGGCAUGGCCAGGGGAAACCCUACGUCUGCUGCUCAGGACGGGAGCGUAACCAUGGGAACUCCUGCCAAAGUGUCCUCCGAGGCCCCGCCCUUCCGCACCGGCUCCAUCACGCAGGGGACACCAGCCCUGUCACAGCCAGGCGUGGCGGCAGACGUCCUGUUGAAGGGCACCGUCACCAAACUGGCCACGGAGGACCAUUGCAACCCCGAGAGAUCCAGGGGCGAGGCCUUCUCCAAGGGUCAGGUCAUCUUCGAGGGCGAGAGCGGGCACAUCCUGUCUUAUACCUCCAUGAAGAAUCCCAAGGAGGACAUCAGGAGCCCUCGGGGGGGAGGAGAGCUCAAGCGGACCCAUGACAUGAUGGAGGGUUGGAUGACCGCAGGGCCUGCUCUCAGGGAGGCUGCUCUUUAUGAAGGUUUGGUAAGCCGGGCCAUGCCGAAAGACUCUUCCCACUCUGACCCCACAGACAGAGUGCCGCUCCCGGGAUCCAUCAUGCAAGGCACACCCCGCGGGCCGGCCGAAGCGUUUGAGGAGGGGCACAAGUACAGCAAGCAGACGAAGAGGGAGAGCCCCCCCGCGUGCUCCUUCGAGGGGGGCAUCAGCAAGGGCAAGCCCUACGAGGGGGUGAACACCAUCAGGGAGAUGGGCCGCUCUGUCCAUGAGAUUCCCAGGCAGGACCUCUCAGAACGAAACAGCCGAAAAGCCCCCGACCUUCCCCCCGGAGCCCGCCUCGUCCUGGACGGUUCCAUAUCCCAGGGUUCACAGCUGAAGUACGAGGGCAGCAGCCGGUCUCAGUCGGCCCUCAAGCACAAUGUCAAGUCGCUGCUCUCCGGCCCCAGCAAGGCCCACGGCCAGCCCCAGCGGGAGCCGGAGCGUGUGCGCCAUACCGUGGUGACCUCCACUGCCUCUGUCCUGCGCUCCACCCACGCGGACUCCAGCAGGCCACAGCCGAGCCCUGGGGUGUUUGAGGACGCCGCGGCCCGGAGGACUCUCCUCAGCUACAGCGCCGGCUCCACACGUGAAGGGACCCCGCCCUCUGGGAAGGGAGCCGGGCACGAGAGGAAGGGUACCCCAUCGCAGCAGGAGGCCGUUCCCACCAAGUCUCCGGGAACAGGGGGGGAGCCCCUCCCCCCACACGGGCCCUUUGACCCUCAUCACCGCGUGAUGAUGCCUGGAGAGGUGUACCGCGGCCACCUCCCCCACCUGGACCCUGCUGCCAACUUCCACCGAGGCAUGGACCCAGCUGCAUACUUAUUCCAGAGACACCCUUCCCCCGCUGGUUACCCCAGCACCUACCAGCUGUACGCCAUGGAGAACACGCGCCAGACCAUCCUCAAUGAUUACAUCACCUCCCAGCAGAUGCAGGUUGUCCCUCGGUCUGAUGUUGCCACAGCACUGUCGCCACGGGAACAGCAACUUGCUGUGCCCUAUCCUCCUGGCUCCCAAGGGAUUAUUGACCUGGCCCAGAUGCCUCCAGCAAUCCUAUUGGCUCACUCCGGGGUGACAGGCACGCCCCCUCUAGACCGCUUCGGCUACAUCCCUGGAGGUCAGGCUCCAUUCCCGCCCCGGCCUUUCAACCCAGCGUCCAUAUCUCCUGGACUUCCCGCCCACUUCGCCACUGCAACAGUCAGCGCCGAGCGCGAACGAGAGAGGGAGCGUGACCAGGAGCAGAAGGAGCAAGAGAGGGAGCAGAGGGAGCGUGGCCAUGAGCGGAGGGAGCGAGAGAGGGAGAGAGAGAGGGAGCAGAGGGAGAGGGAGCGCAUGGUGGCCAAUGAGUAUUUGCGCGGAGGCCUUGAGCCGGGCAGACCCGGUAGCCGUGGUUACCUGCGCUCCCCCUCCCCCUCCACGAGGCCGCAGGAGAGCGGGAUGCAGCAGAGGCCCAGCAUAUUCCAGAACACCAACAGCAAGAGUGUCAUCACCCCGCUGCCGCAAGUCCCCUCAGCCUGUCUGUCCCAGUCUGGCUCCCGUCGCAGCGCCCCCCUGGUGGACAGAGCCGUCUCGGCCCCUCAGAUGGACAUGGGCAAGGCUAGGGAGGGGCGCGCGGAUGCCUCUGCGCCUCGGCGUGCCCCUCCCCCCGGCGAGCAGCAGUACCAGAGGCAGGAGUUGCCGUACAUGCCUGACGCGGCCUCGCUCCCUGGCGCUAAGUCCCAGGGGGAGGACGGCAGGGAGAGGGCCCCGCCCACAAAAUCCCGCAUGGAGGAGGAGCUAAGGACCCGCGGCAAGACCACCAUCACCGCCGCCAACUUCAUCGACGUCAUCAUCACCCGAAAGAUCGCCUCCGACAAGGACUCCCGCGAGAGGGGCUCCCAGAGCUUGGACUCUUCUGGAAGCUUGCCUUCCAGUCGCUAUGAUGGGGGCAGCCCCGCCCUGACUCCAGCACAGGCCCAGGACAGACAGGAGGACAGGCCCCUUCCAGGCACAGGCUCAUCACGCUCUUACCACUACGGCCAGCCGCUGGACUCCUUCCCUCCCCUGAAGCCCCCCUCCCCCCAGCCUGAGGGACGCUCUCCAGCCCCCAAGACCCACCGCGUCAUGACCCUGGCGGACCACAUCUCACAUAUCAUCGUACAAGACUUCGUCCGAAACAAGGAGCACAACUCUCAGCCUUCCUCCAAUGGCUCCCCUGCUCCCACCACCGCCACAUUCCAGAGCUCCGCCCCUUCUUCGACAAGCUCCGCCCCCAGCCAAGGCAGGCUGCCCAGCCGCUAUAGCACAGAGGCUAAAACCCAGUUUGGAAACCAUCAGAGGCCUUCUAGCAGAGUGUCACCUGAGAACACCUCCGAGCGGCCCAGAACCAGGGCUGGGAAGUCUCCAGAUCAGAGUGGAGUGGGGCUGGAUGCCUACGAGCCCGUCUCCCCCCUGCAGAGUUACCCCACCCUGGACAAAGAAGAUUCAGCCCCGCCACAGUGCCAGACACAAGAGGAGGACCCUUCAGAACAGAGGCUGGAUUCUCGCUCUCCUGGAAGUGUGAGUUACCAGCCCUCCUUCUUCACCAAGUUGGAGAACACUUCCCUGAUGGUGAAGUCCAAGAAACAGGAAAUAUUUCGCAAGAUGAACUCCUCAGGCGGAGGUGAUACUGAUGUUGCAAGUGCGCAGCCUGGCACUGAAAUCUUCAACUUUCCUGUGGUAACCAGUUCAAGCAACAUCAAUGCUAGAAAUCACUCCAUCAGCGAGCACGCCAGCAACCUGGGCCUGGAGGACAUUAUCCGCAGGGCGCUGAUGGGCGGCAUGGAGGACCAGCAGGAGAACCAGCGGGAGAACCAGCGGGAGAACCAGCGGGAGGACCGGCUGGAGGACUGGCAGGAGAACCAGCGGGAGGACCGGCUGGAGGACUGGCAGAAGGACCGGCAGGAGGACCAGCGGGAGGACCGACUGGAGGAUUGGCAGAAGGACCGGCAGGAGGACCAGCGGGAGGACUGGCAGGAGGACCGGCAGGAGGACCGGCAGGAGGACCAGCGGGAGGACCAGCAGGAGGACCGACAGGAGGACCGGCUGGAGGACCAGCGGGAGGACCGGCUGGAGGACUGGCAGGAGGACCGGCAGGAGGACCAGCGGGAGGACCAACGGGAGGACAGCCCGGGCGCUGGAGUCCAGCACUACGGCACUGCUCCUGCAGAUGUGGCAGCACCGAGCAGGCAGAGGGCCGCGGAGAGAGCCAGUAGCGGGAAGCCACAGUGUCCCAGCCCAGGACGGGGCCACGGCAGGCCGGAGCAACCAUCGCCCGGACCCACCGCACAGUCCCAGGCAGACUACCAGCACAAAAAUGUAGCAAGGUGGGCCUGGGAGGAGAGGCCCUCAUCUGCAGGCUCAGCCCAGUUCUCUUACAAUCCCCUGACUGUGCGCAUGGUGAACAGCAGCCCGCCCACCUCCACGGCGGCCCCGCCCCCCUCUCAGCAGGCCCCGCCCGGCCCUCUUCCUCCGAGCCGCGCGUGGGAGCGCCAGCCCCUGCUGUCAGAGGAGUACGAGACUCUGUCCGACAGCGACAACUGAGCGCGUGCAGCUCAACCCCUGCUGUCAGGGUGGGUGUGGGCUGAGCACAGCGGCCGACGGCAUUGGAUGCAGCGAAGGUGCUUUUUCUUGAGUGACAGACUCCCACAGAAGCUUUAAGCGUUAUUGUUGUAAAGUAGAAUUAUUAAAAAACAUCUUAUAAUGUAAAAAAUUAAAAUAAAAUGGAAUAAAAAUAAUUUCA